CCGACACUAUCAGUUGGAUACAUCGAGAGAGAGUGAGAGAGCGAGAAAAGGUUAGAUGGAGCAGUUUAUGAAGCUGAUGAGAGAUGAACACCGUAUCUUCACCGACACUGAUGAUGAGAAGAUGCUGACGCUGCUGGAGACCACCCACGCUCACGCCUCCCUGGUGGUCGAUGUGCAGCCUCUUCUCGAACUCAUCCAGGACAUCCUCAACCUCUCCACCACCACCACUACUGCCACCAAUAUCAGCCCCACUGGCCAACCUGUCUGCCAUGCUAUGGAAAGCUUGAAAAAUAAGAUUUCUUCAGCGGCUACUUUCGAAGGAUUGGCUCGAGACAUCCACAACAUCUCCUGCAAGGUUAGUUAACUUGACAACCACUGACAUAUGGUGGGGAG